GCCUAGUGACGUCAUCASUGGGUCCGGUCCCGGUUCCGGUGCGGCGGCGGCGGCCCCGGAGCCCCCGAUGGCGUCAGGCACCGCCCGMAGGCCGUCCUGCCGGGAGCGGAGCGCUCGGGAGCGGCCGGGACGGCGAGCGGGGUCUGCCGGGCGCAGCCGCAGCCGCAGCGGGGAGCGGGAGGGCGAGCAGAGAGCGCUCCGGGCGGAGCUGGCGGCGGGAGAUGCGGACUGUGCGGACGGAGGAGAAGCCAAAUCCCCGCACAAACCCCGGGGCAGUCCCGGUGGAGCGGGGUACGGGCACGGAGAGAGCUCCGCCAACGGAGCGGUGCCGGCCCCGGGGGCUCCCCGCAAGCGGGGCAGGAAGAGCAAGGCCGAGAUGCUGCUGCUGGAGCUGUCGCAGAGCCCCCCGCCCGUCCCGGGGCAGAAGGGGCUGCGGGACAGCGAGGAGGGCGAUGGCCGGGACACCCCCGGGACCGGGCGGCCCAGGAGAMGGGCGGCCAAAGUGUAAGUGAUGUGACAAUGG